AUGGCCUCCGCCCCCAAAUCGUCCAUCCAGAAGAUCCUGGAUCCCACCAAGAUCGGCACCUGGAACGUCGUCCGUCGUCCGCCCGUCGAGAACCACAGCCUCAUCCAGGGCCGAUCAAGAGAACAGAACUCCAAUGCCUUCAAGUUACAUCAGUUCAAGGAGGGCGUCCGGUUACGGAAGGCCGUCAAUGCCAUCACGCACGGCAAGAACAUCUUCGUCUACCACAACAUGCGCACCAACCAGGUGGUCUACUCGUUGACGCGAUAUCUCGAGAAACACAACGUCCUCCGGCAACUCGUCUACCACGGCAAGAAAACCGUCCCCGCCUCUCUCCGCAAAGACAUGUGGGUCCCCUACUACUCCGUGCACUUCAACGACGCCCAGGUCGGGCUCCGCGCCUACCAUCUCCUCCGGGAAUUCUCCCUGCAGCGCCAGCUGGCGCCUCCGCGCGACAUGAUCACCAUCUCCGACCAGUGGCUCGCCCAGCGACGACCCCGCGACCCCGAAGCCGCCAAGGAGUUCGACGACAAGUACGCCGACAAGGUCGGCUGGCUCAUGGAGAAGAAGCACCGCGCCCGCGCCCUCAUGGACCAAAAGGCCACCUCCGUCGCCGACAUGGCCGCCGUCCUCGCCAUCCAGGCCGACGAGAUCGCCAACGGCUUCGCCCGCCGCCUCCGCGGCUACCUCACCCCGACGGCCCGUCGUCGUCGCCGUGAGGCCCGCAAGCGCGAGCAGGCCCUCGCCGAGUCCCAGGCGGCCCGCGUCAACGCCCUCGAACACACCCUCAGCGCCGGCCCCGCCAGCGUCGAGUACAAGGUCGAGGAGACCCCCGCCAACACCAACUCCCUGCCGGAUGAUCUCGUCAAGGUCCUCUGGACGGACCUCUACGACGCCCAGUUCGCCGCCGCCUGGCCCGACCGGGUCCGCCACGGCGAGCUCGACCAGUCCCGGGACCACGUCAUGCCCGGCCCGCAUCCGACCUACGCCCGGGGGGCUGAGAUCCUGGCCGACGGUGUCUUCAACGAGAAGAAGGCGGUCGAGCCGCCGACCGAGAAGACUGAGUAG